AUGGUGAGCUCUUUCCUUCAUCUUCAGCCUGAUCCUGGGUCUGACUAUGUAGCCUAUCAAAUUACUAUACGAGAACCCCAAAUCUGAUCUAGUUGGAGUCCCAACAACCGUCGAGUAAGCAGCCCAUAGAACAUUCACGAGGGAUGGAUGUUAAUUCCGCCAAGUAUCGUCGCCAUUCACGGAUUGAACCCGACAAAUAAAGACAAACACUCUGAACGUACGUGGGAAGAGCAGGACAGCAAACAUCUCUGGCUUCGAGAUGCUCUUCCGCUCAGGAGACCGAACAUACGGACACUGCUGUAUUCUUAUGACUCUAGUCCAGCUUUCGGGGCUAUUAAAGAGAGAUUUAUCCAUCAUGCCAAUUCAUUAUUGGAGUGUUUACAUCUUUCCAGAUUGGAGGUUGGAUUAUAAUUCAUGUUUUCCCCAACAAAGUUUGUGUUUCGCUAACCUUGUUUUUGUUACAGGAACCAGAGCGGCCUUUAAUUCUCGUAGCAUACAGCCUUGGUGGAAUUCUGAUUAAACAGGUAUGUUUCCAUAUUGCUCUACUAUACGAGUGAUUUGGACAAAUAAUAAAUACUACUUAGGCACUAGUAAACGCGAGCCAAAAUCCCAGAUACCACAAGAUUAAAGAUCAUACGUAAAUCCAGCAAAGCCUGAUAUUGUGCACCAUAGCUGACAAGAACAGAACUGGUCUUGUGUUCUUUGAUACGCCCCAUGCCGGCCCUACCGAAGACGCCAAAGUAAUGUUCGGGCGCAUAUGUGCCUCGAUUGCCCAAUCGCUUCCAACAAAUCCUUCCAACGACACCAUGAAAGCUUUGAAGAGCGGAUCGCUAUUCUCUGAUGUUCUACAAGAAGGUUGGAGGCAUCAACUAGAACGAUACCGAGUCGUGUCUUUUUACGAGGGGAUUGGUAACGUACGAUUUCCCGCCUAAAUCUAUAGCAAGCAGGUAUCUGAUUUGCUUAGCUUGUUCCUCGAGAGUCCGCUGUUUUCGGCCUUGCUGGUGAUCGCGAGAACCAAGUUCGAUUAAAUGCAGAUCAUAGAUCCAUGUGUCGCUUUCACCCCAAUGUGGAGAGAGAUGCGCAAAACUACUUCCUUGUGGAGGGAGAUGUGGUUGAGCUUGUAGACGAUGCAGCAAAAGCUUGUUAGUCAAUUUCCCGUUGCAAAGAUCUCUAUUAGAAGCGCAGACCAACAUCAUCAUAUCCAAACAAUUAGUUUGCUGGCUGAAAACCUUGGACACCUGGUCAUUCUGUGACCAAUUGGGGGAAGCCAAGUUGAGUUGACUUCGGUUUCCCCUUAAUUCUACAUAGCAUGGCGUGUUCUUCUGCAAAUAUAGUGCAGUACUGGAUACUGUUUUGGUUCUGCAGAGGGUUUCAAUCCAAGCUCAACUCUAUCUUCAAAGAUUUUCUGAUUCGUCUUUUAAUCAUUUGACUUGAGACAUUGUCUGACCCUCUACUUCAGCUACUAGGAAGGACAAGGAUAUGAACGAAGACAUGAUUGAUGGUGAGUUCAUACCCCUAGAGUGCAUUUACUAUGGUUCAUUCUGACCAUGGAUUAGAGCUUUUCGGCAGCCUAGAACCACAUGGCCGCAAUCCGAGAAAAGAUAGAAUCGAAGACCCCUACUUUCAUAGCUUCGAAUGGCUGUGGGAACAGCAUCCUGCGGGACCUGGACUUCUGGAAUGGCUUCAAGAUGGCAAACAUAUUUUCUGGAUUUCCGGUAAACCAGGCUCAGGCAAGUCGACACUCAUGAAACAAGUGGUGAAAGACUCCCGGACCUUGGAAUAUUUGGAAACCAGCACCACAGAGCCAGUUCGAAUGCUGUCUUUCUUUUUCCACGAACUGGGUGGCAAUGAAGAGCAAAACUUCCUUGGCUUUCUUCAUGGAUUCUUAGCGCAGAUGUUAAGAGCUUUCAAGGAAUUGAUUCCACAAGUCAUGCCAAAAUUUCAACAGCUCAAACGAAACGUGCCUCUCAGCUCGUCAAAUUCUUCCAAUUCGAUAAGCAUUUGGUCUGAAUCAGAGCUCAUCAAGACUCUUAAAGCUAUCAAGUUCGAAGAAAUACACGGGCUCACGUGUCUUUUUAUUGACGGCCUCGACGGGUGUGCUGGAGACCUUAGAAAGCAGCUCGGCUUUUUGUUGCCUUGGAUACAAAGUGCGAACACCUCAAAGCUUUCUUUGAAAGUUUGCCUCGCGAGUAGACCUAUGAUCGAGAUUGAGAAUCGGCUAUGGCGUUUUCCAGGGUUCAAGAUGCAUGAGUGGACCGCUCCGGACAUUACAUCUUAUACGGAAGGAAAGCUUCGUGAGGCAGUAGCGUUGACUUCUUCCGAGGACUCCCCAGCCAUUUACGAUAAUUGUCAACGUCGAUUGGUGUGGGAUAUAACUGUGAAGUCAUCCGGCGUAUUCCUGUGGGUGAAGCUCGUCAUCGAAGAAAUGAUAAUCGGGAUCGAAGAGGGAUUUACGGACCAAGAACUUCAGGACCUCCUUAAUCAUCUUCAGCUAUUGAUUGUCGUCAUCAACCACCAUUUGGAUCUUCUCCAUUUUGCGUUGGUUUGUGAAGAUCCUAGGGGUGCCCUGUGUCAUGUUAAAUCGAUAAAUGAAGAAGAAUACUGCCGUAAAGCGAAGUUACGGAUAAAAAGUAGAUGCCGGCGUCUGAUUUAGAUUCAUGAUGCUAGACACAUGAACAACUCAUGGGGAUUCUCCUCAGGCUAUGGUACUAUAGAGUUUAUACACCGAACAGUUGGAGAGUAUUCGCAAGCCGCUGGUGCGAAAUAUAUGUCCCAUCUUUUGACGACUUCCGAUAUGAACUUUGAUGCAUUUGUAUCACUUAUGGCGGCCUCUCUUCGUUUGGUGAAGAUGGGGAAAUGUUACCAUAAACCUGACAGCGUUGAUCUUUGCCGGCCGAGUGUCAAACUGUGUAGAACGAGUCUAUCGCUGUUUUUUGAAUCUGCGCAUCAAGCAGAAGCUUCGACAAAAGUGGCUCAAACACUCUAUAUCGAAGAAUUAGAUGUUUAUUAUCAAGAUACAGAAUGGUAUGAUGUAGCCUUGAUGUUCAGUGAACACCACAAAAAUUGGGAAACCAAUUUACUAUGCGUCGCAAUCCGUUACUGUCUUAGAUUAUAUAUAUUGGAACAGUCACAAAAGGGUCUUCAAGUCAAGCGGGGCAGCGGUCGACCCUUUUUAUUUUACACCUUGGAUCAGUGGCACUACAGCUAUGCGAAGUUUAUGAUUGCUGAUCUAUUGAAAUACGGAGCUGAUGUUAAUGAGGUAUUUGAAGGCACAACGCCUUGGAUCGACUUACUGUCUUUCAAUACACCACAUCACUUCAUCGAAGACGAAAUUAAUAAAUCGGCAUUUCUUUGCGAAAUUAUGCUACAGAAUGGAGCAGAUAUUCAAAACCCAAUUUUAAACUUCAGUCCUUUGAACAAUAUUUUGUUGGUUGUAGCAAGAUGGCUUAAGGAUGGACACGAACCAUCUAAGACCACGAGGAACAAAAUCGCAAACAUCAUCGCACUUUUCCUUGACAAGGGCGCGGAUCUCUAUCAAAUUGAGGAUUCAGGUGAAACUUCAUUUCAGUUGGCUGAAGAAAUGAAGAAGCAGUAUCCAGAAAUGUGGGCAGUAGUGAGGAGGCAUGUAGAAAAAGGAAUGGGCCCUGAAAGUGUAGGCGUGAUUUUGCCAAAGAAAAGGGUCUUCGCGGAAUUGGAAGAUCAGUGA